AUGGACGGCCGGCGCAAACUGGACCCCCGCGCCUUGCCUCAUCUGGGUUUUGACACCAGUAUCUUGCCCAUCUGUAAGGACUCUCUGGGUUGGAUGUUCAACAAGCUGGACAUGAACUAUGACCUCCUGCUGGACCAAUCAGAGCUCAGCGCCAUCUACCUGGACAAGUAUGAGCUGUGUAUGAAGCCCCUGUUCAACUCCUGCGACUCUUUCAAGGAUGGGAAACUGUCCAACAACGAGUGGUGCUACUGCUUCCAGAAACCUGAUGGUCUGCCCUGCCAGAAUGAGAUGAACAGGAGUCAGGGUCGGAGGAACACUGUCAUAGGGGCCUAUAUUCCACGCUGUUCUGAGGAGGGUUACUUUAAGCCAACCCAGUGUCAUGGCAGUACUGGACAGUGUUGGUGUGUGGACAAAUACGGCAACGAGAUCGCCGGCUCCAGAAAACAGGGCAACCCCACCUGUGAGGAGGACCAAGAGACCUCGGGGGAUUUUGGCAGCGGGGGCGCCGUCAUUCUCCUUGAUGACCAGGAGGAGGAGCCAGCUCAGAGUGGGAGGAGCCGGCAGAAGCAGAGGCGGGGCCGGAUCCAUCCCAGAGGGGCCAUUGAGGAUGACGAGGACGAGGAAGAUGACAAAGAUGACGAGAUUGGCUACAUCUGGUAGCUCCGCCCCCACCUGUUCUCCCAUCAACCAACCAGGGACCCCCGUUAACUCUGAACAAACCUGAAGCCAUUCCAGCGUCUCCUUCGUACCCCUCAGCAUCAACUCUGUGUUCAACUGACUAUCCCCUCCUCUAUGCCUCUUAUUCACCUUGAAACUUUCUCUCCGCUACUCAACCUUCAUAUAGUGUGUCCCUCCUACUCUCCUUCAGAGAAUAGAGACGUAUUCAAUUCAAACAAAGACUGUCUAGUCUCUUUUAAUGUGUGUCCCUCUGCUACUGCAUUUGUCCUCAAACCCUUCAACCAUAGACUGACACAUUGCUAUAUCCUCUCUCUCUCUUUCUUGCUCUUACUCCCUCUCUCAUCUCCCCGUUCUCUCUCUUUAUCUGUAUCUGUGUGUCUCUGAGAGUCUCUUGUCUGACUGUGAGGUCAGAAACAAGUUUGAAGGCGAGAUCCUAUGGUGUGUUCUGGCCCUUCUGUCAAAGACUCCAUUUUCCGCUCCCGGCCUCACCUCUCAUGUUCUAGAAUACCAUAUUCUCUGGUUCCAGAAUAUUCUAUAGGCUCUUUGGUCGAGAAUAACGUUCUUGCUGUUAUUGAAUGCUCCAGGGUGCCCUAGAACCAGAAAGAGUGAUGAUGUGUUACUUUUUGUUGCAUGUUCCCUGACUACGCCCCUGUGGAAAGAGAAGUUUGGGUGGCAAGAUACACUGAGUGUACAAACAUUAAGUAUACUUUCCUAAUGYUGAGUUGCACCCCGCCCUUUUACCCUCAAAACAGCCUCAAUUUGUCAGGGCAUGGACUCUACAAGUUGUCGAAAGCGUUCCAUAGGGAUGCUGGCCCAU